AUGUCAAAUGUUUCAACGACUUGCCAAUCAACGGACAGUUCGCUUGAGGCUGCUCCUUCUCUUAAAUCCCUCACAGGCCGUUUUUCCGACGAACAAUCAUCCAAUCGCUCCAGCAAUCCAACGCUUUCAGACAUUCCCGUCAGUAGCCGCACCAUGGAUAAAGUGAAGAUAGCAAAGGUCACACUGGAAAACUACUAUGCUAAUCUCGCAACCCAAUGCCAGGAUAGACAGAACCGGUACACAUUGCUGGAGUGUAUCAUGGAGAAUGAGGGUUUGACUGAAGAGCAGAAAAACCAGAAACGAUGCCAACAUGCGCUAAAGGAGAGCGAAUUUCUUCGCCUGAAGCGGGCCCGAUUAACUGUAGACGAUUUCACUCCCCUAAAAAUUAUUGGCAAAGGAGCAUUUGGUGAGGUGAGUACAGUGAGCAUGUGCCCUUCACUUCUAUGGCUAUUACUUGACAAUCAUUUUGGACGCUUCAGGUAG